AUAAGCAGAAGGGGAGAGGUGGCCAAUGAAGAGAAGGGAGGGAAAAGAGGCAAAGCUCGACCCAACCAAAACAGACGGAAUAGUGAGCGAGCCUCUGAGCGUGCUCAAAGAGAGAGAAAGCGUCAGAUGGGUGUGUGAGUCCUCAAGUAGGUGGGCAGCAAAGAAAAAAAAAAAAGCAAACUUCACAAGUGAGCGACAGGUUGCCAGAGAGAAGCCAACGUGGGGAUAAGAUCAUGUCUCUAAAUGGGAGGGUGGCUCUGGUGACUGGGGGAGCUCAAGGCAUAGGGAGAGCAGUAGUCCAGUCCCUCCUACAGAGCUCAGCUAAGGUGGCUGUGGUUGACCUGAACAAGACCCGUGGGGAAGAGUGCAAGAAACAGCUGGAUGCGGAAUUUGGAGAUGACAGAAGCACUUUUAUUCAGUGUGAUGUUUCCAAUGGAGACUCCCUUCGAGGUGCCUUCCAAAGUACAGUUGACCAGUUUGGUCGUCUAGACAUUGUCAUCAACAAUGCUGGAAUCAACAAUGAAAAGAACUGGGAGAAGACCAUACAAGUAAACCUGACGUCGGUCAUAAAUGGGACCUAUCUGGCUCUGGAACAUAUGAGUAAGGAGCAUGGCAAGGAAGGAGGCACAAUAAUCAAUGUAUCUUCUAUGGCAGCCUUCCUGCACUCUCCUCACCAGCCCGUCUACACGGCCACAAAACAUGGAGUCAUUGGUUUCACCAGAGUUAUGGCUGAUGCAUCUUCUCAGAGUGACUACGGCGUGCGUAUCAAUGUGCUGUGUCCCGCCUUUGUUGACACCCCUCUGCUCCACUCAGUAGAACAGGAGGAAAACAUGGGGAAAUUUGUUAAAUUCAAGGAUGAUUUCAAGCGCAGCAUGAACAAGUUCGGAGUUUUACAGCCAUCAAUGAUUGCAGAAGGCAUGAUGAGAUUGAUCACUGACACCAGUCUAAAUGGGGCAGUGAUGAAGAUAACAUGCUCCAAAGGAAUCCACUUCCACACAUACGAACCCAUGUCUGCUUGAUCCUCGCCUAAUGGACCGCUCCUCACUGAAGAGAGGGGCGGUACACAGCGGUAACCUGAAAGACUGAAA